GAUUAUUUCAGUUGAAAAAAAAAAACACUUUUUAGCCUUUUACCUAUCUCAGUACCUCUACUUCCCAGUCUCCAUUGUGCUCCCGCCGCCCGACGGCGCCGUUGAACUGUUCUUCGCCGGUAAAAUGGAGGCAGUGGUAGUGGAUGCCGGCUCUAAGCUCCUCAAAGCCGGCUUUGCAAUUCCUGAUCAGGCUCCUUCCAUGAUAAUUCCGACACAAAUGAAACGGAUGCCUAUAGAUGCUUCAUUAGAUGAUCCUUCCUUGGUUGAAGAUAUAACGGUGGAUCCAAUUGUCCGAGGUUUCGUUAAAGAUUGGGAUGCCAUGGAAGAUUUAUUGCACCAUGUUCUUUAUACUGGCCUUGGGUGGGAAAUGGGCAAUGAAGGCCAAAUUUUAUUCACAGAUCCACUUUGCACUCCCAAGGCUGUUAGGGAACAGUUGGUGCAAUUGAUGUUUGAAACAUUUAACAUCUCUGGCUUUUAUGCUUCUGAGCAAGCAGUGUUGUCGCUUUAUGCAGUAGGGCGCAUCUCAGGCUGCACGGUUGAUAUUGGUCAUGGGAAGAUUGAUAUCGCACCAGUUAUUGAAGGUGCCGUUCAGCACCUAGCUUCAAGAAGAUUUGAAUUAGGGGGCUUGGAUUUAACAAAGCUGCUAGUACAGGAACUUGCCAAAUCUAAUCCACAGGUGAAGCUCAGUUUGUCUGAUGCUGAGAAAAUAAAGGAGCAAUAUGCGUGUUGUGCUGAGGAUGAUGUUAAUUAUGAGAAGAUCCAGGUGUCAUGCCCUGUGGAGCAGCAUACUUUGCCUGAUGGACAGGUGAUUAUGAUCGGAAAAGAAAGAUACACCAUUGGAGAGGCUUUAUUUCAGCCAUCAGUUAUGGGUUUAGAGGCUCAUGGUAUGGUAGAGCAGCUUGUUCGUAGUAUAUCAACUGUUUCCUCUGAAAACCACCGACAACUUCUAGAAAAUACUGUGCUUUGUGGUGGCACUGCUUCUAUGACUGGCUUUGAGGAUAGGUUUCAGAAAGAAGCAAGUCUCUGCUCAUCAGCUAUUCGCCCUUCUCUAGUGAAGCCACCAGAAUAUAUGCCAGAGAACUUGAUCACAUAUUCAGCAUGGGUAGGGGGAGCCAUACUCGCCAAAGUUGUUUUCCCACAGAAUCAACAUAUAACCAAGGCAGAUUAUGACGAGAAUGGGCCUGCAGUUGUUCAUCGCAAAUGCUUUUGAGGAAUGAGUUUCUAAAUUUUCAGUUGGUUGUAAAUUCCACUUCCAUUCCACCUGAUGUUUAUUUUUGCAAAGUGGUUUCUUGGACAGUAACCACAGUUCACCGGGUACGUGUUGUAUUCUACCUGCUGUUUACUGUACAUGCGGUAAUGGUGAAGCUUAGAAGAUUCUGACUUCUAACUACCUGCUCUUUAUGUUAACCCUGACAACUCCCAAUGGUAAGAUUUAAGAUUUGUGGCUUUGUCCCACUGGCGGAUCAAUUAUCUGUUAGCUUAGAUGUUAAACAGAGAUGAUAGCUUAGACAGAGAUGAUAGGAGGAGACUAAGGGGUUGGGUGUUGGGUCUUUGCUGCUAGAUUGGGAUGAGUAUGCUGGUCCUAUGCUUCUGCCCACUUUUUUAAGUUUGAUGAUGAGUAUUAUGGUCAAAAAGUAUUUUGGAGUUGAAUACCAUCUAAUUUUUCUUUUCUGACCCACAA